AUGGACGUGGUUUUGGAGCGACCGGCCGGGCCAGCGAGCCUGGCCACACUGCCGACAGAGCUUCUGCGCGCCGUGUUCGGCACUUUUACAGACGGAGAGGGCAAAGUCGAGGAAUUGUCCUCUCUCCAGAGCGUGCGGCUGGUGUGUCGCCAGUUCAACCAGAUCGCGGCGCCAGCGUUGCUCUCGAGGCUGCGGGUGUACCUGGACCAGCCGUCGCUCGACUGGGCGGCGGCUGUGUCCCACUCAUCGCUCGUGGCCUCGGGGGAGUUCGCUUUGGUCCGGGUGCUCGCCCUCGAGCGGGCAGAAGAUGCCUGCCGUCGGUUCAUCGACGGGUACCACAAUACGGACCCGAACGACUUCACCGACGAGAGGACUGAGGAGGUGCGCCCGGGCCUCGAAGAGUACGAAGAGGCCAAAGACAACUUUGGCGUCGUCGGGUUUGCCUGGCGGAAUCUCGACGUCGGCCCGCCCCUAUCCCCCCAGGCGCUGGAGUACCAGCGCAUCCUCCGAGCCGGGCAUGCCGAGUGCCGGCGCCGGUACGGCGAGCAGCAGAGGCUCGUCGGCAGCAGAGAAUUCGUCGACAAGUUGGCAUCGGCCGUGGCACGCAUGCCGCAUGCCAGCCGAGUCGUGUUCCGGGACCGGGUCGACCGGUGCCCGGGUCCCUACGAGGAGACGCCGACCCAGUUCCUGGCCGACAACGACAGACUGUUUCAGGUGCUGGCGUCGCCGCUGCCGUGGGCUCCCUCUCUCGACGGGUGGGCUGCCCUCUCGCCCAGAGCGCGCGAGCGCCCUGAGACCACGCCGGCCAGGAUUCUCUCGGAACUGCCCAUCGCCCUGCACAACGCGGGUGCGCACCUGCGCCAGCUCGGCUUCGGCUGCUUCCCGGUCGAGUACGACUACCACCUGCUCGAACCGCGCCCUUCGGCUGCGCAGCAGCCUACCCGUACCCGCCCCGCCUGGGACGAGCUCGCCGCCGCCUGCCAGCACCUCGAGGCUGUCUCGUUCGGCGAGAGCGCCGGCCUGACCGCCCGGCCCGUGUCGGAAUGCCACCUCCCCGAAGCAGCCCAGCAACUCGUCGACUCCUUCUUCGGCUCGGUUCUGUCAGGCCAGCGCAUCGAGACUUUGACCUUCGCGCACAUAGCCGAAGAACCCGCCGUCGCCGACCUGCCGGACCCGGAGGCUUUCUUCCCGCUGACGGGCGCCCUGGCGGCCAUGAAGUCGUGGCUGCCUUGCAUGAGAGUUCUCUCGCUCGUUGGUAUUUCGGCCACGCAGGAGCAGCUCGAGCGGCUGUGCGAGGCGCUGCCCGAGGACCAGAUAGAGCGCAUUGUGUUGUGCGAAGUCAAGCUGCGGCCGAACGGCGGUCCAGCCGUCGCCGAGGGGGAACUAACCCCCCCUCGACCGCCGAGCUGGGCGCGCAUCCUGGACGUUCUGCGCGAGAAGUGCAAAGUCCGAUAUCAUCCGUGCAGGUGCAGAGCCACAUUGUUGCAGCUGCGUGGCGGCGAGUAUGGAGACUUGAUGCAGAGCGAGGACUAG